CUCAAGGCAAGUGGCGCAAUGUCGACGGCUACUUCCAUCAACGGCUGGUGCCUCACUUCUCUCAUCUCUCCCACCAAAACCUCUCUCCUCUAUAAAGCCGCCACAUUCCGCCCUUCGGUCGUCUCCCGCCUUAACUCCUCCGCUUCUCCUCCUUCUCUUAUCAGAAACCACCCUGUUUUUGCUGCUCCUCCUCCCAUCCUCACCCCUAAUUCCUGGCCGAGAGAAGAAAUGGGGAAAGACUCGUACGAGGAGGCCAUUGCCGGGCUCAAGAAACUUCUAAGCGAGAAGGGCGAGCUUGGACCCAUUGCAACCGCCAAGAUUGAGCAGAUAACAGCAGAGCUGCAAACAGCUAACAGCAAGCCGGAUUUUGACCCGGUGGAGAGGAUGAAGAAUGGAUACAUCCAUUUCAAGAGGGAGAAAUAUGAGAAAAACCCAGCUCUGUACAGUGAACUCGCCAAAGGCCAAAGUCCCAAAUAUAUGGUGUUUGCCUGCUCGGAUUCAAGGGUGUGCCCAUCCCACGUGCUGGAUUUCCAUCCUGGGGAGGCUUUUGUGGUCAGGAAUGUUGCCAACAUGGUCCCUCCUUUUGAUCAGCUUAAGUACGCUGGAGUUGGGGCAGCCGUUGAGUAUGCUGUUCUGCAUCUCAAGGUGGAGAACAUUGUGGUGAUUGGGCAUAGCUGCUGCGGUGGCAUAAAGGGGCUCAUGACCUUCCCCGACCAUGGACCCAACUCCACUGACUUCAUAGAGGAUUGGGUGAGAAUCGGCUUACCUGCCAAAUCCAAAGUGAAAGCAGAGCAUGGCAGUGCCCCACUGGAAGUACAAUGCGCUUACUGUGAGAAGGAGGCAGUGAACGUGUCACUUGGGAACCUGCUGACUUACCCAUUUGUGAGGGACGGGCUGUUGAAGAAGACACUGGCGCUCAAAGGAGGAUACUACGAUUUUGUGAAGGGAUCUUUUGAGCUGUGGGGACUUGAAUUUGGGCUUUCACCCCCCCUCUCUGUCAAAGAUGUGGCAACGAUACUGCAUUGGAAGCUCUAGGGACAUGCUUAGAAAGGAGGGCUAUCCUUGCAAUGAUGAGGAGCUAGGUUUAUAGGAAGAAACACCCAACAUUCUGUAGAAUUUCCUCCCUCCUACGGGAAAUUCUAAGAUCGGAAUCUCGUGGUUGUGAAGCUUCUACUGCCAAACAACUCUUUCAAUAAAACGUAACUUCUGGUCCAGCCAACAGAAUUAUGUA